AUGCUGCAGCAAAUGCUGCCUCGAUUUAACCCCAAAGCCACUUGUGUUGAAGAACUUUUUUGUCUUGACGAUUUGGUGCCGCUGCAGCUGCUGCAGGACGGCUCGGCGCAGACGGGCACUGCUGCUGCUCCGGUGCUGCUGCUGCUGCAGCAGCAGCAGCUGGACCCGCAGCAGCAGCAGCAGCAGCAGCGGCAGCUGGCCCACUGGGGCGAGUUCAUUGCUGCUGCUGCUAAGCAUGCUGCGCUGCAGAAGCAAAUUGGUGCUGGCAGCCACCUCAGCAAACAGCUCACGCUGCAGCAGCUAGCCAGACUUUUGAAGAUUCUGAAGUUCCUUUGUCUUCUUCUCAAGAAGCAAAGACGCUCCUUCUCCAGCCAACAAGACCUGGCGAGGCAGCUGCGGGUGGGGCCGGAGCCCCCUGGCCACGCAGUGGCUGCGUGGCUGCAGACGGAGUUUUUGAAAAAGGGUUUUGACGAGAAGUACAGCAUGCCCAAGGAGUACCAAACCAAGGUGCUGAUGACGAUCGCUUGGGUUUGCUGCGCGUUGUCUGCGGACUUCAAAUUUGACUUCACGACUCUUUUGGAGGUGGAGUUCAACAACGAGAGAACCGCAAAAGCAGCAGCAUCAGCAGCAGCAGCAGCAGUGUUGUCGUUUGUGUGCAGCUUCAUGGAAUACCAGCUGUCGUUUCCUUCGCCUUUAGUGCAGCUGGAAAGUGCUUCGGACCUUUCAAUGUCUCUACAGUCCGUUUUCGAGGAGAAGAGAAAGCGGCGGCGCUAA